CCGAACCCGAUAGAACCCGAACCGGUCAAGAACCGAACUUUCAUAUAAUCCGAAUGGGGCUGAUUUUGAUAAACCCGAAAAACCGAAACCCGAUUGGAUAAAAUUGAAACUCGAUUGGGACCCCGAAUGCCCAGGCCUACAGAGGUUAAUCAGAUUCAAGAAAGUUAGUGAUCCAAGUGUUUUGUGAAAUUUGAACGAACCAUUCAACAUUUUAAUGACACGUGGAUGUUGGAUUUGACAAAACAAGUUUCCCAAGCAAUUACAGAACAAAGAGACUUUUAUUACAAGUCACUAAAAUACGAUUCCACGACCGACAAGUCAUUAUUAAGGUUAUUAUAUAAACCAAGUCGAAAAUUUUGUCUUCUUCUCUUAUUUGAAUUUGAUAUUCAAUUUGUCCGACGUAGCUUCCUCUGAACACACACGCCUCUCUGUGUACGGCUUCUCCGGUGACUCGGAUUCCAUCAUCGCCGACAUCAAGCAACCCAGAGAUUCCAGGAUGAAAAGAGGAGCUCUUAAACGGAGUGCUAGGCAUAUCUCUGUUGUACUUGUUGUGCUUGUUUGUGCAACCGUCGGCAUAUGGACAUGGGAUAGUAAUCCAACCAUGGCCUUUCUUCCACGUGAAAGUCAAAUUUUAAAGCUCGAAACAGAAGAAAAUGCUGAGAAAAUAACUACGGCACAGAAUACUGAAACUAAAGACAGCUACACAUCAGCUACACCAUUUCUAAACAAAGAGCAAACCAAAGAGGACCAUACUGAUAAUAAAGAUACAGAACAAGAACAGAAACAAGUGGAAGAAGUUAGUGUCAGUGAGACGAGUCAAGGGAAACCACCAACUAUUGAAGAAAAGCACCUAGAGCGAGUGGAACAUGAGGUUAUUGUAAGUGAGCCAAAACAUCAGACGACACCUAUUAGUGAAGAAAAAAAUCUAGAACAAGUAGAACAUGAAGUUAUUGUAAGUGAGCCAAAGCAUCAGAAGACACCAACUAGUGAAGAAAAUAAAUUAAAACAGGUGAAACAAGAGGUUGCUGCCGGUGAGGCCGAGCCAAAGACAACACACAUUGAAAAGACUACUUCAGAUCCAGAUAAUAAAACUCUUGCAGCAGACGAAGCCAAGAAAGAUAAUGGUACUACUUCAACAGCUCCCAUCACCAAUCAAGGUUGCAAUUACGCGAAAGGGAAAUGGGUCGUGGACAAGCACCGUCCUUUGUAUUCAGGACGUCGUUGCAAACCGUGGCUUGCUUCUAUGUGGGCGUGCAGGUUGAUGCAACGUAAAGACUUCGCCUUCGAAAGGUUAAGAUGGCAACCUAAAGACUGCUCUAUGGAAAACUUUGAGGCUUCCAACUUCUUGAAAAGGAUGCAGAACAAGACCCUAGCCUUCGUUGGAGACUCCUUAGGAAGACAACAGUUCCAAUCCAUGAUGUGUAUGAUCACAGGAGGCAAACAAAGACUCAAUGUCCACGACGUGGGACCAGAGUUUGGAUUCAUAACUCCCAGAGGCGGAGCUCGUCCCGGUGGAUGGGCUUACAGAUUCCAAGAAACCAACACAACGGUCCUUUACCACUGGUCAUCAACCCUCUGCGAUAUACAACCGAUCAAAAUCUCCAACCCUUUAACCGAACACGCCAUGCAUCUAGACCGCCCACCAGCGUUUCUACGCAAUUACCUUCACAAGAUCGAUGUCUUGGUGAUGAACACGGGCCACCACUGGAACCGAGGGAAGCUCAACGGCAACAGAUGGGUGAUGCACGUGAACGGCGUCCCCAACGCUAACAGGAAGCUAGCCGCUCUUGGGGACGCCAAGAACUUCACGAUCCACAGCACUGUGAGUUGGGUUAGCUCGCAGCUCACUAACCAUCCGGGUCUUAAGGCCUUCUACAGAAGCCUCUCCCCGAGACAUUUUGUGGGAGGGGAGUGGAACACGGGAGGGAGCUGUAAUAACACGACGCCGAUGUCUAUUGGGAAAGAGGUUUUGCAAGAGGAGUCUAGUGAUUACAGCGCGGGGCAUGCGGUGAAAGGCACUGGGGUUAAGCUUUUGGACGUAACGGCGUUGUCUGGUGUUAGAGACGAAGGGCAUAUAUCAAGGUUUAGUGUCUCGGCUUCGAGAGGAGGUCAGGAUUGUCUCCAUUGGUGCUUGCCUGGUGUUCCUGAUACGUGGAAUGAGAUCCUUUUCGCAAUGAUAUAAUGUUUUUGCAUCAGCAGAGAAAGGGGUUGUGAGCCUUUUGAUAGCUUUUUAUACAACAUUGAGGUACUAGAGCCUGAGAUGUAAGUUAUAGUAUUUAUUCUGGUACAGGUAAACAACCAUACCCUGGCUUUGUCCGACCAUGUUUACAGAACAGAACCUAACUCAACUUUUUGUCUUUUUGAGUCGAUUAAUCUGAAAUUUUUGGAAAUUUAUGUUUCUGGAAAUCUGUUUUUGUUACUGUGUUCUCUUGAACGUUUUGUCACCCUAAUGACCUUCUCAACCCUCACAAACAAACAAUGUCAAUUGUAUUUUGGUUUGAAGAAAUUGGAUUGGUUAAACUUCUUUUAGUUAAUUCUGGUUUGUACAUAAGCAAUGGUUCCUUUUUUUUCCGAACAUUAUAUUAAAGAUUGGCUAAUUCGGUUACAAUCAGAGAGAUACUUGACGAUAAACUGAUAAAUUAACAUAACUAAAACAUAACAAAAGAUAUAGAUUAUUAAAGACAAAAGAAACCCUAAAAAAAAUUUCAGUUAUAAUACUAGAAAACGACAUUGAAAAAACUCGAAAACGACAUUGAAAAAUCCAACCAAAAUUUUGAGAGAAGUAGAAAACCGUCUUUCGAAAUGUCUAGUUUUUCUGAUGUUGCAGUGAGGUGCAGAGAAGCUGCCGGAGUAGAAACAAUGGUUCCCUUAUUAUAUUUUACCAUGAGUUUCAUAAUUUUGGCUUAUAGUGACUAACGGUUCAUUUCUCUGAAAAUAAUUGUUUUUAUGCGGUUACUGUGACAUUUAUACUAAGCAGCAACAACAACAGUUACAAUAUGUUUGCGUGACGAAAGAAAACAUAAAAAGUGUGCUAAGAGGAUUAGGUAACGACCCGACCCGAUCCGACCGGUUUAACCCACCCACCCACCCGGUAGAGCGUUCUAGAUAGAGUUCUCUUCCUCGCAAUAAAAAGAGAGUCGUGUGUGUUUCUAGUCUAUCUAUCUAUCUCUUCUGCAAUUCUUAGGGUUUUAUCAUCCAAAGUCACAUUCUUAUCCUCAAGAAAUGGCGGCGACACAACUAACAGCAUCACCAGUGACAGUGUCAGCCAGGAGCUUAGCCUCGCUUGAAGGUCUCAGAGCUUCGAGUGCAAAGUUUGGAACUUUGAAACCAGGCACCUUUAAGCAGAGCCAGUUCCGUUCUUUUGUUGUCCGAGCUGCUUCUGUCGUUGCUCCUAAGUAUACUUCAAUUAAGCCAUUGGGAGAUAGAGUUUUGGUGAAGAUCAAGGAGGCAGAGGAGAAGACUAUGGGAGGUAUCUUACUUCCAUCUACUGCUCAAUCAAAGCCUCAAGGAGGAGAAGUCGUUGCUGUCGGUGAAGGAAGAACUAUUGGGAAGAAUAAAAUCGAUAUCACUGUCCCUGUAACAGCCUCUCAAACCUCUCUUUCUUUGUUUGCUUCGUUCUCUGCUAUUAAGUUCAUCUGAAAAUGUGUUUCCUUUUCUUCCUGGUGCAGACUGGAGCACAAAUCAUUUACUCCAAGUACGCUGGAACUGAGGUGGAGUUCAACGAUGAGAAGCAUCUCAUUCUCAAGGAAGAUGACAUUGUUGGCCUUCUUGAGACAGAGGACAUCAAAGAUCUCAAGCCCUUGAAUGACCGAGUCUUCAUUAAGGUUGCUGAGGCAGAGGAGAAAACAGCUGGAGGGUUGUUGCUAACCGAGACUACCAAAGAGAAGCCUUCUAUUGGCACAGUGAUAGCAGUUGGACCAGGUACUCUAGAUGAGGAAGGUAAGGUUCAGCCGCUAUCGAUAUCCACUGGAAGCACAGUUCUUUACUCCAAGUAUGCGGGUAACGACUUCAAGGGCAAAGAUGGUUCAAACUACAUUGCUCUGAGAGCUUCAGAUGUGAUGGCUAUCCUUUCUUAGUUUAUUAUAUCUUUGUAAACCUGCAAUUUGUAUCCCCAAUUGUGGAAAUUUUUUUCAUAAACGGCCUGAGAACAUAAUCUGAAAUAAAGACUUGAGUUUGAUUCUU